AUGAUCAGACCCUCCUCAGACCAGACGCAGACCCUCCUCAGACCAGACGCGGACCCUCCUCAGACCAGCCCUCCUCAGACCAGACGCGGACCCUCCUCAGACCAGACGCAGACCCUCCUCAGACCAGCCCUCCUCAGACCAGACGCGGACCCUCCUCAGACCAGACGCAGACCCUCCUCAGAACAGACGCAGACCCUCCUCAGACCAGACGCAGACCCUCCUCAGACCAGCCCUCCUCAGACCAGACGCAGACCCUCCUCAGACCAGACGCAGACCCUCCUCAGACCAGAUGCAGACCCUCCUCAGACCAGCCCUCCUCAGACCAGACGCAGACCCUCCUCAGACCAGACGCGGACCCUCCUCAGACCAGCCCUCCUCAGACCAGACGCGGACCCUCCUCAGACCAGACGCAGACCCUCCUCAGACCAGACGCAGACCCUCCUCAGAACAGACGUAGACCCUCCUCAGAUUAGACGCAGACCCUGCUCAGACCAGACGCAGACCCUCCUCAGACCAGACGCAGACCCUCCUCAGACCAGACGCGGACCCUCCUCAGACCAGACGCAGACCCUCCUCAGAACAGACGCAGACCCUCCUCAGACCAGACGCGGACCCUCCUCAGACCAGACGCAGACCCUCCUCAGAACAGACGCAGACCCUCCUCAGACCAGCCCUCCUCAGACCAGACGCAGACCCUCCUCAGACCAGACGCGGACCCUCCUCAGACCAGACGCGGACCCUCCUCAGACCAGACGCAGACCCUCCUCAGACCAGACGCGGACCCUCCUCAGACCAGACGCGGACCCUCCUCAGACCAGACGCAGACCCUCCUCAGACCAGCCCUUCUCAGACCAGACGCAGACCCUCCUCAGAUUAGACGCAGACCCUGCUCAGACCAGCCCUCCUCAGACCAGCCCUCCUCAGAACAGACGUAGACCCUCCUCAGAUUAG